AUGCCAAUAGAAACCAAUGGGUUGCCAGGCAUCAUUUUCUUCUGCUCCAGAGUAACACCUAUAGCUGUUGCAGAGGCAUCCGUCAUCAAGCAAAUGUUGGCUGAAGCAUCUGGAUAUCGAAGUAGUGCUGCAUUUGCAAGCAUAUCGAGUUUAGCAUCAUGUGGUACCGUGGAAGUGGAGCAUUUACCUCAACUGCCUGCAGGCGAAGAACAAAGGCUUCAACGAGCGGCGCAGCAACUGCAGCAACGCCUUGUUGCAGAUUUAAAAAAAGAGCUGAAAUCAAAGGGAUUAAGCACAAAUGGAAAUAAGAACGAAUUGAUCGAAAGACUUAAAGAUUCUUUAACUAAUAAUGAUCUUGAUAUAGCAGAUGCCAAGUCUGAUGUUUUGGCAGAUUCAGCUAUACUAGACGAAGAUGUAUUGAAUGAUGACGAACUGGAGGAUAAAGAAGAUGUUGAUACAACUCCUCCAAUUGAAAAUACAAUCACAUUAAAAAGAACACAUGAUAUGAUUGAAGAAAAACAUGAAGAAACUGACAUCAAGGAUAAUACCGUAGAAGUUGAAACAACUGUUGAAAAACUUACAUCGGAAGAACCAAGGAAAAUAAUCAAAUUAGGCUCAUAUUCCGACAAAGAGCGUCUAGAGAUGCGUGCAAAGAAAUUUGGUACACAAUUACCAUCUGAUAUGAAGAAAGAAUUACGGGCACAAAGAUUUGGGCUGAACAAUUCUAAGUCAAUAGCAAAGAGUGAGGAUGCAACCCUUGAAGUUUUAAAAAAGCGAGCGGAGAGGUUUGGAGGCUCCGUUUCGAAGAAACUUUCGGAGGCCGAGGCUAAAGAAAAGCUUGAGAAAAGGAAAGAACGAUUCGGUUCAAUUCAGAAUACUAAUGUAACAACAUCAUCAACUGAUGUUAAAAUAAAACCUACAAUGACAAAUGCUGAAAAAGCCCAGCUACGAUUGAAGAGAUUUAAUAUGGGGGUCAAGUAA